AUGUCCCGAGAACCAGCAACACCAUUUGGGGAAGCCGACCUGGACAACAAGCCCAAGGCUUCCUCAUCGCGCAAGAAAGUGAGCCUUGCGUGCCUUGCGUGCAGACGGCGCCGAACCAAGUGUGACGGUGGUGUGCCCUGCGCUUCCUGCCUUUCACGAAAUACCGAAUGUGUCAAAGACGAAUAUGAUGAUGGACGGCGCAAGCUCGCCGUCAAACGACGAUUGGAGUCACUGGAGAAGGACCGCCACCUGCUCGACGCCCUGCUCCAUGCAAUCCGCACCGGAGGUCCUAACCAGCUACAUGCUCUUAUCAGCAUGAUCCGCGGCAACGCCGGACGACAAGACCUCGCCGUCUUUCUAGAGAACGGGUUUGCUGGUAUUGGGGAAAUCGACGCCCAGAACCAUCGCCACGAAACUGCCUCAUCGUACAGGAGACAUCGCGCUCGCCUCGGUCGAAUCCAGGACAUCGUGAACCCGCCAAUAUCCGUCCCCGCCAAACCGUGGACGACAGUGACCGACGAUGACGACUUCGUCUCGCACCUCAUGUCUCUUUGGUUUACCUGGGCUCACCCCUGGUGGCACUGGGUCGAUGAAAACCUCUUUCUCGAAGCCAUGAGAUCGGGUGACGCCUCAAGCUUGAUAUGUACACCCUACCUGGUUAAUAUGAUCCUCGCAGACGCUUGUUUACUCGACACCCUGGCGGAGGACGGCUCCGAUCCAAAUCUGGAGAUUCGGGAUCACUUCUACAACGAAGCCAGGAAGGGGUUAGAGGCUCAAGAAGGUGAGGUAUCCCUCGCAAUGGUGGCAACCUUGGGGGUACAAUGGACGUACCUCAACAUCAACGGUCAAGACAAAUUAGGAAACGGUGUGCUAUACCAACAAAUCUUCCUCGCCAAGAGCCUGGGCAAGUGGCGUCAAAGGAUCGGCCAGGGCCCCUUCAUGACGGAAGAGUAUCUCGAGAAAGUCGACCAGUCCCUGUGUCAACUCGAGUGGACUCUGUUCGCUCUCAACCCUCUCAUCGGCCUCGCCCUGAAGCAGGUCCGCGUCUUCGACAAGCCGUCACGACCGAAACCCGCCGUUGCCCCUCCCGGCAGCAACUGCGCCCAGCAGGGGCACCCGUCGCCCUGGACCCCGUACCCGAUCCCCUACACGAGCAUCGAAUGGCAUCCGACCUGCCACUAUCUCGCCUUCACCUCCCUCGCAGAAAAGGCGACCUUGGACGAGACACUGUUUGAAAAGAAACGCCAAAGCGAUAGUGAUGUUGCCAUGGACAAGUUCACAAAGGUCUUCCACGAAGUCGAAGACUGGCCGGCGCAUCUGCCCGAGUGCAUGAAACUGCAUGACAAGGCCAUGCCUCAUGUCCUUGCCUUACACGCACUUCACAGCUGGGUCAACGUGACAAUCUCGAAACAAACCGCCGCCCUCGACGCGGGGACAUCGAGCCGACCGUCUCUGAUGCAGACGCCACAGUCUUCGGAGCAGAGCCACUGGAUGGAAGUGUGCAUCGCGGCGUCGAAGAACAUCAGCAACCUCCUCGAGCAGAUCCGCAUGAACUGGGGCGCGGAUCACUUCCCCGUCAUCAUCAUGCAGCCCGCCACCAUCGCGGCCUUCACCCUGCUGGAAGAAAUGAACGACCGCCCGGAAUCUCAAGAGGCGUUUUUCAAGCUGUGCGUCAACCUGCGCGCCGCGAGCCGGAGGUUCCGCGUCAGUCGCGGCGUCUUGCGUCUGUUGCACCACAAGGUCAAGGAGAACGGCGUCGUUUUGUCCGAUGAGUGCCACCAGUUGCUCGCCGACUACCAUACCAGGAUGGACGUGGAUCAGCAGGUGGCGAAUACCAUUGAUAACAUCGGAUUGGAGUACUUGCUGGAGAAAUGGGAUGAUUUGGAUCUCGAUGAAGUAUGA